ACUAUCGAUAGCAGCGACCGAUCGAUAUUAGGCUUGAUCUCGUCCCCUCCCCCACCUGCACAAAAAAAACUAAGCUGCGUGCGAGCGUGCGAGGAUUUUUCUUCAAUAAAACCGUUGCGUAAAACAACAGCAGCAACAUGUCACCGCCACAGAAUCAGCAACAGUCGCAACAUGUGCGCAUGGUCGGGCAGCAGCAGCAACAACAGUCGGUGACCUCCACUUUGGAAUCGAAAUCCAUCUCGGCCAGCAAGGAGCUAACCGGUUUGACCCACGAGUGCGGCGUUUUCGGUGCCAUCGCAUGCGGGGAUUGGCCCACACAAAUGGACAUUGCACACGUUAUCUGCUUGGGUCUGGUGGCACUGCAACAUCGCGGGCAGGAAUCCGCGGGGAUAGCCACUAGCGAGGGCAAUUGCUCCAAGAACUUCAACGUGCACAAGGGUAUGGGUAUGAUCAGCACCCUCUUCAAUGAUGAUUCCAUGAAGAAGCUUCGCGGCAAUCUGGGCAUCGGACACACGCGAUACUCCACCGCCGGCGGUUCCGGAGUGGUAAACUGCCAGCCUUUUGUGGUGCAUACGGCCCACGGAGCACUAGCCCUGGCUCACAAUGGCGAGCUGGUCAACAACGAAUCUCUGAGGAGGGAGGUUCUGGCUAGAGGAGUGGGUUUGUCCACUCACAGCGACAGUGAAUUGAUCGCUCAAUCGCUAUGCUGUGCUCCGGAGGAUGUUUCCGAACUGGAUGGCCCCAACUGGCCGGCCAGGAUCAGGCAUUUUAUGAUGCUGGCGCCACUCUCAUACUCGCUAGUAAUCAUGCUGAAGGAUAAGAUCUACGCCGUGAGGGACACCUACGGCAAUAGGCCCUUGUGCAUAGGAAAAAUCGUUCCCAUAAAUGCUGGACAUGGCAAUAGGUCUGACACUCCUGCUGAUGGCUGGGUGGUUUCCAGUGAGAGCUGCGGAUUCCUCUCCAUUGGAGCUAGAUACGUACGAGAAGUGGAACCAGGAGAGAUUGUGGAACUCUCUCGGAGUGGCUACCGCACGGUGGAUAUCGUGGAAAGGCCCGACUUCAAGCGCAUGGCUUUUUGUAUAUUUGAGUAUGUUUACUUCGCCCGUGGAGAUAGUAUCUUCGAGGGCCAAAUGGUCUACACAGUGAGAUUACAGUGCGGUCGGCAGCUGUGGCGUGAAGCUCCUGUGAAGGCGGAUAUUGUGAGCUCCGUUCCCGAAUCUGGAACAGCGGCGGCUCAUGGAUAUGCCCGAGAAUCUGGCAUAGAGUUUGCUGAGGUUCUCUGCAGAAACCGCUACGUGGGCCGCACUUUUAUUCAACCCUCGACCAGGUUGCGGCAGUUGGGAGUGGCCAAGAAGUUUGGAGCUCUGUCCGAGAACGUGGCCGGCAAGAGAUUGGUCUUGAUAGAUGAUUCCAUCGUGCGAGGCAACACCAUUGGACCCAUCAUCAAGCUGCUGCGGGAUGCAGGCGCACGGGAGGUGCACAUUCGCAUUGCCAGUCCGCCGCUGCAGUAUCCGUGUUAUAUGGGCAUCAAUAUUCCAACUCGUGAAGAAUUGAUUGCCAACAAACUGAAUGCCGAACAACUAGCCAGGCAUGUGGGCGCCGACAGUCUGGCAUAUCUUAGUGUGGGGGGUCUCGUGGAAGCUGUCCAGUUGAAGCACAGGGAUGCAGGGGAUAACAAGUCCAAGCCCACAGGACACUGUACCGCCUGUCUCACUGGAGAAUACCCAGGUGGACUACCCGAUGAGCUAAGCUGGUGAUGCCGCUUGAAGACUCUCUGCAAUUCGUAAGAAAAUAGCUUUCGGAAACCAGUUUUGUACCAUUUUUCCCACCACAAAAAAAUAACGUAUGCAGUAUCAAAAGCCAUAAAGGCCCAAGAAUUGCUGUCACAAAUUUUGCAUUUAGUUUAUCUAGAAUUACAGUCCUCCCAUUCCUAUUUACGCACUCUACCUUCUUAGAUCCUAAGUAAGAGCCACACGUGCUCUCCUAAACUAAAAGACACUUAUUAAAAAAGUCUGGUCUAAAAUUUCACUCUCAUAGUACAAAAUGUAAUCCUCUAUGUUGUCCAUAUUGAAUAUCUUUAAAAUAUGAUUGGGAAUGCCAAUAAAGACAUUUAGAUGAGAACCGUUA